CUUUGGCGAUCUGUCUAUUAAUCUGUGUCUCGGGUCUCCGCCGUUCGACGAUUUUGAGGUUAUGUCAGCCGACGGAUUUUCCCGGAUUUCGUCGUGAUCGCGUGAGAAUUUCGCGCCCUCGCCGUCGAAGAUGUCGCGGAAGGACGCGACGGACGAGUGCCCGAUCGUGCCGGAGCUGGCGAGGCAUUUUCGGGCGAAGAACAAGAGCGGCAUCGUCACCUGCCUCGCCCAAUUGAAGAGCGACCCGAAGCACCGCAAGGAAUUCGCCCAGCGGAGCAGCGGCCUCGACAUCCUCGUCCAGCUUCUGCGCUGCAAGAGCGACACGAUCAUGAACAUGAGUCUGAGCGUCCUCGCGGACGCCUGCAUGGCUUACGACGUCAGGGAAAAGGUAAAAGACACCAAGAUUGGAAUCAAUGUAGUGCUCAUAAUAAAAAAUCUCCAAUUGGAUACUAAACUGCACUGCCGUGCUUGCAGACUUAUCAGUAACUUGUCUGAAUCUAGCUGGCAUGUCAAAGAGUUAUGCGAUGCUGGAGUGGUAAAAGCACUUGUACCACUUCUAAUAUUAAAGACCAGUACACAAACUUAUUGCAUGGCCAUCAGAGCUAUGAGGAAUAUUUGGAGUUUUUAUGUACACAUUAGGGAAACAAUGGUGGAGUUGCAGAUUAUUAAGAUGAUUACUCAAUUAUUCGUCAUGGCUGAAGAAAAGUCUUAUGAAGACGCUAAGCAUGCUGAACUAGUAGAUGCAUGCUUAAAAGCUAUGUGUGCGUUUCUCGUCACUUUAGAUCCGCGCUGCGGCGCGCAAAUGCAAGUAGAUAAGGACAAGCAAGGUUACAAGUGUCUCAUGCGAUGCUGCAAUAAGAGCAACAAUAAAAUGGCCAUGAAAUGCCUCUAUAUUCUCUGUCAAAUAGCUGAGUGUCGAUUGCAGUUGGGCAUUUCUGGCACAAUUGAGGAGGUCAUAGCUUGGGUCAAUUCGGUGGAGAACAGCUCUACGGAACAAAUGUACGAAGAGAUAUUGAUUAGCUUGUGCCUGUUUUGUCGAGAAUCGGUAAAUCGGAACAGAAUCAAGAACAGUGAUGGAUUGCAACUGAUUAUAGUGCUGCUGAACAAUUCGAAACACGAACGUUAUCAUUCUAUGCUGUUACAAGCCCUCGUUCAGUUUGUCUACGACGAUAAUGCUCUUGACAUUUUGACCAAACACGGUAUAAUGGAUGUUCUCGUGGCGAAAUUGAAAGAUGCGAUUGCUAAGGACAUGGAGCUGGUGAAAUUGAAAGAUGACAAAAAUAACUCCAAGAAACGUUUUAGUGAUAGUCCAUCCGAAUACCUUUCGAAGCAUUUAAAGUGCAAUCGGACAUAUGCAAACAGAACGAGGUUUAGUAUGGACUUUUAUCGCGACGACUGGAGUCCAAGAAGUGUCACGAGCGCCUCCUCCUCGUCGCCACCUAGUACACCACCCUUGCCGCCUUGUUCCGAUUCCAAUGCGGAGACUGACGAUACUGAGGAUGACGACAUUUAUAGUCCGAUCUGCAGUGACACCGAAUGGGGCGACAACGACGAAGAAGACGAAGAAGUAGCUUCUUUGAAGAGCUACAAAUCGCUGACGACCGCCGAAACUGAUUUCGAUUCGCCUGCAACCAGCUCCGAGACAUCCGGCAAGAUAAAUGCUUGUGAAUUCUAUACGAUACAGUUGCUGAACAAAUUGAGUUUUUCCGAGCCAAUCGACGAGCUAGCCGACCCUAAGAUCAUCAUACCACUGACGACUUAUAUAAAAUAUACGAGGAAACAAAACAUCCACAAAUAUCGAUACAUCGCAAUCAAGAUAUUAAAGAGAAUCAUGAAUAACACGGCGUAUUUUCUACCGCUGCUGAAACAAGGCCUGGUAUUCGACCUGCAGACCUUACCGGAAGCGGAGGAUUGCACGCGACGUUUACGUAUGGUGGCGGAAACCGGCGGUGCCAUCGGUCAACUAUCAUUUAUAUUGCUGCGCGGCGAGGACGAGUACAAAUUGCUGACCGCGGUAUCGAUACCGCUUCUUAUCAAGACGCAUCGCCACCUCAAGUGCUUACUGGACAAGUACGGCGGAUUGGAAUUGAUAUUCCGCUUGCUCAGGGAAUCGUCACAUGAACUGCACGAGCGGGCGAUCUGGUCGAUCUGCCAGUUGGCGAGGACGUUGAAGAUCCAUUCGUCCGAUCACUCGAUCACGGUCGCUUCGAUGAAGACCAGCGAUUACUCGAGGCUAUCUCUCGACGAGACGACAAGUCACACGAAGCCGACGGUGUCGUCGACGGUGACAUUCGAGUUGGAUGACGGCACAACCGUAGAGGCAUGCAAAAGGAUGCUGUGUCGGCGCUCGGACUUCUUCUCCGUCAUGUUAGAGGGCAAUUUUAGCGAGUCGGGCAAGAGACGAGUGCGAUUGAAGAACACAUCACGCGACGGUCUGAAUACAUUAAUCCUGGCUGCGAAUGGGACUUCGUUCGAGUACGAAAACAUCGAGUCGUUGUUGGACGCGACGUUGUUGGCUGAUAAAUUCCUCAUGUCGGACCUGGCAGACGCGUUGACCGAGAGCUCCGUGGCCAAACUUAAUCACGAGAACUUGUGUCAAGCCUGGUGUUGGGGCAGAAACUACUCCUGCCACGAGUGGAGGUCCUAUUGCGUCAAGAGCUUCCUCACUGCAAAGCUGUCGUGGAGUGAGACAAUGCAGACGUUUCGCGAUUUCUACGCUACCGACGCAUUUGACGAGUUCCUGCACGAGGUCAGGGACAUAAUCGAGUAUGUGUUGUGCCAAUAAUAAAGAUAUUGAAUGAUUCUCGAUUUCGGAACAGUGCAAUUAUGGAUCUACGAGGAGAAUACUUUGAAGAUUUGUAGUAUAAAUAUUUGAAAAACGAAUUUUGGUUGAAAAUGGAAUAAACUUGUGACAUUGUUAA